UUAACAUUUUCUUUAAUUUCAAAGACACUGUUCAUUGAUAACACUGGGAAGGGAUUUUGCUAUUCAGUAUCAUUUGACCAAAUGGGUAAACUUUUUUUUUUUGUCAGAAGAAACAAAAAUAAGAGUCCAUCACUGAAGAGGUAUCCUCAUAAUGAAAAUACUGUAAGAAGCUUACAACUGGAAUCAUCUACCGGAAUAAACAGGACUCAUCAUGUCCUUAUCAGUCCAUACCCGAAAGAGCACCAAAAAGAAUUUUCCAUUGGAAUCUCUUCUAAUGCCACAAGUUCCACGUAGUAAUUACUUACAUUUUCAGGAAGAAAAGCUAAGACUACAGCUAAAGAAAUUCCUUCUUAAUAGGAUGUUCCUAGUGGCCAAGAUAACAGCGAACAUAGAAAAAAAAGAUAUUGCUGAAUACUAUGAAGAACUGUUUCAGUCAAUUUUGAGACAUCACCUAGGAGAAGCCGUGACGGGAUUAUUGUUCAUAUAUCCUACUUCCAUUCUGCAUAUCCUUGAGUCCUCCAGUAGUACCCUCUACCAAAUUCUUUUAGACUAUCUUAACCAUGAAAAGGAUGAAAUGGAAUUUUUCAUCCAAGGAAUGAAAAUUAUAGUCACGUCCCACAAUAUCCCAACGAGGCUCUUUAUGCAAUGGCAUGUUUCAGUAAUAAAAGUGCCAGUCAUGUAUCUCGAUGAUGUGACACAGUCACAGUCCCUAGAAGAGGUCAUCACAGAAUUUCUCAUCCAAACUCAUAAAUUAGCACUCUACCUUUUUAAGACUGUCAAAGUGGGCACUAAAGGACCAGGUGAUAAUUUGCACCAAGUUGCACCUGAAUUACUCCUCCCAGAACAAAUAAUAAAGUACUUAUGCAAUUCAGCAGAAUUCAUGGACCCCAAAACUUUCAUAAACAUGUAUAAUAAACCCAUACAUGUUACCUUGGAUUCUGAGGUAGUGUGGCCCGCUACUUUCCGUUUCUAGGAUGAAGAGAGAUGAUGUUCAAAUCUCUUAAGGAAUUUAUGCUACUUAAAUAAAAGGAAAAUAUUUCUAAAGUUACUUUUCUCUGUAAAAAGAAAUAGAACAUGGCAAUCUACACAAAGGUAAUAGACAAAGCUUAAAGGGUAUGUUGAG